UAAACAUUAAAUCUAAGCUUUAAAUGAAUUAUAUUUGGUUCAAUAACUUUCAAUCUGAAUGUGUAUGAGGAAUUGAGGAUGAUAUUGUUUUGAAAAGAGAAGCAAAACACAAAAAUGGCGGUUUUUCACACUCCCAUCGUCUCUAUUUCUUCCACCGCAUUGACGACUUUGCUAGCUCCGACGAAACCCAAAAGCUCAAAUUUAGCUUCCCUACCCAUCUCCGGCUGCGUUAUCCCGCGUUCUCUGUCGAAAAUUCCAAGCUUAUUCCUUCUUCGAGCAACCCCACUUCAGAAAUACGUCUAUCCAGACCCAAUUCCAGAAUUCGCUGUUUAUGAGACGAAGAAGUUCCGGGAAGAGCUCAAGAAAAAACUGUACAAGGAAAGGGAUACAUUUGGCGAUGAUCUUGAUAAAGUCGUUGAUACAUGUACAGAGCCCUCACAACAGAACUUGCAAUCAAUGUUUUCAUGGCAGCUUGUAUGAACCUGUUUCUGUAUACACCCUCCUAACCAUUUAUUUAGUGAGUUUGUGCACAAGGAGUAUGGAGGACCCGGGACAUUGGUGGUGGAGCCGUUCACGGACAUGUUAAUUGGACUAAAGCAAAGGAAGCUGCCAGGGGCAAAUUUGGCAGCCCGGGCAUCACUUUUGUGGGCUCAAAACUACCUUGAUCAUGACUGGGAAAUUUGGAACUCCAAACUACAAUAAUUUAUUUUUGUUUUUUGUUUUUUGAUUUUGUGAUUACAUUUUGAGAAAAGUGCAAAUUUGGUCCCUAUGUUUGGAAAAAAAAUUGGGUAUGAGUCCUUAAAACUAUAAACUUUGCACAUAAUGUCCUUUUGGGCAUUUUUAAAUUUUGGUUGUUCGUUUGGUCCUU